AUCUGAUUGGGAGGAAAAUUGAAGAUUAUGGGAAUGUCAAGCUAGUGACAACGGUCUGAUCUCAACCCAAUAAGUUAGGUAUCCAACAUUUUUUGAUGAUAUUGCUGCACGCCUGCUUCCGAUCAUCCCCCUAAUCAUAUAUAGACUCGUUGAAAAUGACGCUAUGGAUGCAGCUGAUAGAGCUCUCCAAGUUUAUUCGACCUUCCUUCAUUACUAUCCUCUGAACUUUACGUUUGUUCGUGAUAUACUGGCUUAUUUCUAUGGUCAUCUUCCUGGAAAGCUAAUACUCCGCAUAUUAAAUAUCUUGGAUAUUAAAAAGAUUCCAUUUUCUGAGUCAUUCCCGCAACAUAUCAACUCAUCAAAUGCAGCCAUGUGUCCACCAUUGGACUACUUUGCUACUCUUUUAUUAGGACUGGUGAAACAUGUUAUUCCUGCUUUAAAUAAUAGCUCCAAAUGUGCAGCAAUGGGAGAUUUUGCAAAUAAUUCUAUGCGUGCUCCCCAUGGCAAGAUCCAAGCCACAUCACAACCUGGGCCAACUAAUUCUUCUGAAGUGCAGAAACCAUAUUAUCAGAUGCAAGACCCUGGGACUUUCACCCAGCUGACUCUUGAAACAGCUGUAAUAGAGUUACUUUCUCUGCCUGUUUGUCCUUCGCAGAUUGUCUCAGCUCUUGUUCAAAUUGUUGUUCACAUACAACCAACCCUUGUCCAAUCCAGCAAUGGGCUACAUGGAGCUCCUGGUAGUUCUGGACAAGGCUCUAUCUUGCCUACUUCUCCUUCAGGGGGAAGUUCUGAUUCUUUGGGUGCAACUAGGACGACUCCAUCGGUUUCAGGAAUGAAUACUUCUAAUUUUGUUUCACGUAGUGGUUAUACUUGCCAACAGCUGUCUUGCUUGUUGAUCCAAGCUUGUGGUCUUCUUUUGGCACAACUUCCUCCGGAGUUUCAUGUACAGCUAUAUGUUGAAGCUGCACACAUAAUCAAAGAAAGUUGGUGGCUUACUGAUGCAAAAAGAUCAGUGGGUGAACUAGAAUCUGCUGUUAGCUAUGCUCUACUAGACCCCACCUGGGCUGCACAAGACAAUACCUCAACAGCCAUUG